AUGAAACUUUUAACGUUUUUUCCUUUGGUUUUAAUAUCCUUGUUACAACUAUCUUCAUGCCAUAAUGUUCAAUUACCACCAUAUGGCCGUCGGUGCUUUUUCGAAAAGUUAAGUCGUGGUGAUGAACUGUCCAUUUCUUUCCAAUUUGGUGAUAGGGAUCCCCAAUCUCGUGAACAACUAACGGGUGAUUUCUUCUUGUAUGAUAGUGGUGAUAAUCAAUUGACUGAAAAAUUAGGCGUUUCUCAUGGCGAUGUUGCUAUUCGUGCUACUGCUCCUGGCAAAUAUACUUAUUGCUUCGAUAACCGAAAAUCCGGAUCGCGUACUAAGGAUGUCAGUUUUAAUAUCCAUUGUAUCGUUUACGUUGAUUUAGACGAUCCUAACUCUAAUACCUUGGAUGGUGCCGUUAGAAUGCUAUCUAAGUUAACUAGAGAGAUAAAGAAUGAACAGAGUUACAUCGUUAUUAGGGAAAAGACUCAUAGAAAUACUGCAGAGUCCACUAAUGAUCGUGUUAAGUGGUGGUCUAUCUUUCAACUUGCAGUGGUCAUUGCACAAUCAUUAUUCCAAAUAUAUUACUUGCGGAGGUUCUUUGAAGUUACUUCCUAUGUUUAG